GGAACCUCUAGGCCUGCAUCUCUCUUUCUGAGAUCAGUAUUCUUUUCCCUACCUGGGAUGGUCUGUGUAACCUGGGCGGCCCCCUCAUCCUAAACAGGAGGCAGGGUCUGGAGAGGAGGGGUUUGCUCAGAAAGGCAGGACUCAGUUUCUGCAGGCCAGGGGUGACCCCAGGCGGCAGAGAGCUGUGUGGCCAGUCUACACCUGGAGAAUGGGGUGGUGAGUGGUGCUCAUAGGUCAGGUAGACGUUCAGAGGUCAGUUGGUCCUUUACCACUGGCUGCGGCAGGGAGAGGUGAAGCCUUGGGUGUGGUGGGUGGUGGAGGCAUAGGGUUCUAGGAGUGCCAGCUCCCAUGCCCUCUGGACCUACCAGCUGAUCAGGGCCUGUGGGUGCACCCAGUGGCCUCUAGGACCCAGCGACCUUUUCUCAGUCCUUUCUAGUCUGGACAAACAUACCUUUUUGCGCCCUAGCUUGAGGUUCUUUUGAUAAGUACUUGCCUGUAACGUACACAGAGGUCCCACAGAACAUGAGUGUCAGCCCAUCUUUGCCCACAGCACCGGAUUCCCCAUGCAGGUACAUACAAAGUGCCUGGACACAGAAAGAGUCCCACCCAAACGGUGUCAGGCUGCAGACCGGAAUCCACCAGGUGGCUGGGGUCUCAGUGUAUGUGUGGGGGUCUGGCCUUGCUGCAGCAGCCUACGUCAGACCCAUUCCCCAGCCCCACUCCCUGGUGCUCAAGGCUGUGCCCUGUCCCCCUGAAACUGUCUCACCCACUCUCCCAGAGCUGCAGGAGGCCCCAGCUUGCCCAAAGUGAAAGAGAAAGUCGCCGCCCCUCAGGCCCGCCCCGCCCAGCCCUGUGGCCAAUCCCGGGCGUCUCACCUCCUACCAGCAGCUUCGCUGCCUCCUGAGCCGGUUGCUGGAGUCCUGGAGAAGCCUGGUCCUGAGUACCUGGGGUGAGCAGGACCAGAAAGCAGGGCGGUGGCAGGGAGCCCCUGGAAAGCCAAGGUGAAGGUCACAGGUCCUCCAGGAGACCAUAGGCAGGAGCGAACUGUGUGACCCUGCUGCGGGUAUGAGCCUGUGACAGCUAGCCUGUGAGGGGUUGCGAGGAGGGGGCGCAUGGGGACCAGGACUCAGGGAGACCCCCCACUCAUUUUUUAUGGCUGUACCCCAUGGGAGGCCCUUGGGCCUGGCUCUGACUCCACAGCCCUACCCCUACUAGGAGAGUCCCCUUCUUCCCUCACCCUGUAGUAGAUGGGGGUGCCAACCACAGGGGCUUCAGAAGGUCAGCCAUCCCCACACACUCCUGAAGCUCUGCUAGAUCCCUGUGGUCUGUGUGAGUGAGGCUGGUGGGGUAUGAGGGAGAGGGUGGAGAUGGGCAGAGGGCAGUGGUGGGUUUGGUGCUUCUCUGUGGGGAAGUCUCUGCAGGUCUGGAGUGGGGCUAGGUCCAUCUGGGCAGCUGAGAACUGAGCCCAGAAGGUGGGGGACCUUGGAUCAUCUAGGAGAAGCCAGUGAGGAAACUCAAGCCCCCAUCUGAAGAGGGCAGGUGCGGUUACCCCUGCCUGAGGAAGGGGGGAUGGUCACCCCAGCCCAGCCCAGGGUCGAAGUGCUCCAGCAGGCCACCUGCCCCUGCGCUGCCCCCCAGUGGCACCUGGCCCUUUAAUAGCCUGAGCUCUCUGGGUGCACGUGAGCAUGAGCAAGUGCAAGCUGGGAGGAGCUGGUGGGGGGGCUUGAGGGGAAAAGGGGUGGUCCCUGGGAUGUGGGGGGUGGCAGGCGACUCAUGCACCAGUCAGAGAUGGCUCUAGUCUGCAGCCAGGGUCUGGAGGCUUAUUCUGGUUUGCCUUAUCCUCCACUGAUUGCUGUCCCUCACCUUCCACAACAGAAGUGGUGGCUGAGCCUGGAAAUUCCCUGGAAGGUGGAGGAUCAAUCCCACCCUCCAUCUGCACUACCUCCCCCAACACUACCUGUAUCGACACUGUCUGGCUCUUACCUGGGGAUCAAGUUAAAUGGCUGAUAAGCAGAUCAGCCUGCCAGCCAAGCUCAUCAAUGGUGGCAUCGCUGGAUUGAUCGGGGUCACCUGUGUGUUCCCCAUUGACCUGGCUAAGACGAGGCUGCAGAACCAGCAGAAUGGCCAGCGCAUGUACACCAGCAUGUCUGACUGUCUCAUCAAGACCAUCCGCUCCGAGGGCUACUUUGGCAUGUACCGGGGAGCUGCUGUGAACCUGACCCUUGUCACCCCCGAGAAGGCCAUCAAGCUGGCAGCCAAUGACUUCUUCCGCCAUCAGCUCUCUAAGGACGGGCAGAAGCUGACCCUACUUAAGGAGAUGCUGGCUGGCUGUGGGGCUGGCACCUGCCAGGUGAUCGUAACCACCCCCAUGGAAAUGCUGAAGAUCCAGCUGCAGGAUGCAGGCCGCAUCGCUGCCCAGAAGAAGAUCCUGGCUGCUCACGGUCAGCUGUCGGCUCAGGGGGGCACCCAGGCCUCUGUAGAGGCUCCAACCACUCCCCGGCCAACGGCCACCCAGCUGACCCGAGACCUGCUGCGGAGCCAUGGCAUUGCCGGCCUCUACAAGGGACUUGGGGCCACGCUGCUCAGGGAUGUCCCCUUCUCCAUUGUCUACUUCCCUUUGUUUGCCAACCUGAACCAGCUGGGCCGUCCAGCGUCUGAGGAGAAGUCACCCUUCUACGUGUCCUUCCUAGCUGGUUGUGUGGCAGGGAGUACAGCCGCCGUGGCUGUCAACCCCUGUGAUGUGGUGAAGACACGGCUGCAGUCACUUCAGCGUGGCAUCAACGAGGACACCUAUUCGGGGUUUCUGGACUGUGCCAGGAAGAUCCUGCGGCAUGAGGGCCCCUCUGCCUUCCUAAAGGGUGCCUACUGCCGUGCCCUGGUCAUCGCGCCGCUCUUUGGCAUCGCCCAGGUGGUCUACUUCCUGGGCAUUGCGGAGUCCCUACUGGGGCUGCUGCAGGACACCAGGGCCUGAGCCUGCACCUGCUGUAACCUGGCCAGCCGGGCAGGGUCAGCGUGAAGCCAGGCAGGAUGGCCUGCCCAGGACUGAGGGGAGACCUUCCUAGCCUUCCCCUAUCGGCGGGGGGGCAUGCAGGGUCCAUGUGGGUGGUGUGCACGAGGCCUUGGUGGAGCCCUGCCUGCACCAUUGGGAUCAAUGUCUUAUUUAUGUAGAAAAUGCAGAAAUCUUUACAUUCCUCAAGCCAGCCUCUGUCCUAAUCCUGCCUUGGCCUGAACACUCCCAGGGACAGAGCUGGUCUCUGGGCUGGGGGCCCAGGGCCUUGGCUGGGCAGGCUGAACCUUCCCUAGGUCACUGUCUCUGAGGCUGUCCUGGUCCACAAAGGGGACCUGCACACAUCUAUUUAUUGAUCCUGCAGUGCCCAACUGGCUUUCCAGUCCUUUCCGUCCACCCUCCUGCUUCUCUUCCUGCCUUGGCAGGCUCUGACUGCCUCCCUCCAGCCUUGCAGAAGGCCUGGUGGUCUUUUGCCCCCAUGUUGAGGUGGAAAUCCCAAGCAAGGGGCUAUACUGAGGUCUGACUCCUAAGGCAAGCCCAUCACACUGUAGAACUUUCUGGCAGGCCCCUCAGCCCCAGCCCAGUGGAAGCUCACAUGCAUUGUGUGGGUCUAUGUAUGUGCACCUCAAAAGGACCAGGUUAUGACCCCCUGCCCUCCAUGGGCUUUGCCCCUCAGGGAUGGGGCUGUGGGGGGCUCUGCCCUUCCCCACUGGCCAGGCACCUGCUGUGCCUAUGUGCUGGGCACACCCAGUCUCUCUGCUGACCCCGUCCAGAACUUGAUUACUGCAGCCUAGCCCCUCUUGCUGCACCUCUGAGACCCCCACCUUGUGUGAGAUUAGCCAGGGUGAAGGGCAGGCAUGAGGACCAAUAUUGAGUCUGGGGGCACCUACCCUGCUUGGGCGGGCAGGAACUGCCCCCAGUCCUCCAAAGGCUUGCCCUCCUCUCUGAGCCUCUACAUCAGGCCCCUGACCACACUCCAAAGCUCCGUCCUCAGCACCCUGGCCCAUCAGUGUCAGUGACACAGACUUUCCCUCCCCAUCCCCUGGCCAUGUGAUCGUGUUAGUGAUUGAUCCUGACAGUGCUGGUGCUGUGUCCCCCAAACCAGGCCUCUCUACAGAGGCUCCUACCCAGUGACACUACCUGGGGCUCAGGCCUGGGCCCCCCAGCUCACGGUUGUUCCUGGGAGUUGCCCCCUCCCAUCACAUGUGUACCUUGGAAGCUGCUGCUGCUUACAGAAUUAUAUUUUUUUCUUUUGAAGAGUUUUAAGAGUUGUAACUUUUUGUGUCUUGUCAUGUAAGAGAAUAAAUAAAUAUUCUAAGUAGA